GCCAAAUGUCAUAACACAAAAGUAAGGUUAUGCCCCGUUCAUUCCACGACGAAACAAUUUCCAUCCACAAACUUUAAUCAACUAACAACACCAUGUCCGAUUCAGAAGAAGAAAACUUCUGUUAUUUCGGAAAACCCCUUGAGCCCUACGACGAAGAUGCCUUCCCCAAGAAAAAACCCAUUUCCGUGGAAGACCAAAUCGCCACCGACGCCCAAGGCCGACGCCGCUUCCAUGGCGCCUUCACCGGCGGCUUUUCGGCGGGCUUCUUCAACACGGUGGGCUCCCUCGAGGGCUGGACGCCGCGCGAGUUCAAGAGCACCAGGAGCGACAAGGCUCAAAGCAAAGCGCAGAGACCCGAGGACUUCAUGGACGACGAGGACAUGGGGGAGUUCGGGAUCGCGCCCCAGACGGUUCGAGCCACCAGCGAUUAUUCGACGAGCAAAAAGCGCAAGAAGCAGGUUUUCAGUGAUGGUCCCAUUCCCGGUGAGCCGGUCCUGCACUCGCUGUUGACCAGUGGCAACGAAACCAUCGGGUACCUGUUAUUAAAAAACAUAGGUUUGAAAAAUCGGGCGCACGCUCAAGUGGAGGAUUUAGCUCGCGAGGACAAAGUGUACGGGUGCGAGAUGCCGAAGACUUACGAAAUCUCACGAGACGAUGACGUCAUCCAGUAUCCCAUUCCGGAUAUAUACCGGGAGUUUUUGCAGAAACCCAAAGACAACUCGUUUGGGUUGGGGUACGUGGGUUUGGACAAAACCCACGUGAAUUUAUUCCAGAGUUCGAAGCUCGUGAUUAGGGACCGCAACAAAAAGAAAGUGUCUAUUUCGGGACAAGCGUUUGGGGUGGGGGCUUUCGAGGACGAUGAUGAAGACAUCUACGUCAAAGACGACAUGACCAAGUACGAUUUCGAGUUGACGAGCGAGAAAGCGUCCCAGAAGGAGCUCCUGUCAAAGAAAGAAAAAACAAUUUUUGACGAUUUUAUCCACGGGAAGCAACCUCUCGCUCUGAAAGAAAAUUUUCCACCCCCGACUAUCCCUCAUAGUUUCACCGGAAAACACAAAGUGAAAAGGUCGCGGUUCGAGCCUCUCCCGGAACCGGAAACUCCGGAGAGGAAGGACAUGAACCCAGAAAUCCGCGCUCGGUAUUUGGGUGAAGAAACCACGCCAGUCGUGACAGUCACCAACACGACCGUAGAAAAAAUCAAGGAAGAACCCGAGCCUAGUCCGAAAAAGUCGUUUGAUUUGUUCGCGGUGUCGUCGAGCAAUCUCGUUUUCGAUCGUUUCGUGGCGGCGUCCACACCCGAAGAUCCGUCGAACAUACUCGAGGUCGUGCCACCGACUGAGACCGAGCAUGGAACGCAGGAGAUGCGUGACGCCGCAAGGAUGAAAAUGUUCGGACCUUUGACUCGGAUUUCCGUAGAUUGGCAGCCCUGCACCCUUUUGUGUAAACGGUUUAACGUCCCGGAGCCCCACUGCGAAUUAAACGAGUCAAAGAAUCGCAAAAGAACCAAGAAUCUGAUAUUCGAGUACGAGAAGUUUUCAGAUGUUUCGUUGGAUUUUAAGCCCGGAUUGUCUACAAAGCAAGAGGAGGAGGUAGAAACUGAAACGAGUAACACAGUGACGGAAGGUACGACGGAAGAAACGCAAGAGAAAAGCGACAAAGAAGAAACGACAAAAGUGGAAGAAAGUGUGAACGAAACACCCAAAGACAUAACCGAGAAGAUCGACGUCAAUAAAAACCUCGAUUUGUUUAAAGCGGUAUUUUUGAGUAGUAGCGAGUCCGAAGACGAGGAAGAAAACGAAAAGGAGAAAGUUGAAAAGAGUACAGAGAUGAAGAGUAGCGUGCUUUCGGAUUCGUUGUUGCCGAGGAUUAAACCCAUCAAAGAAGGAAUUUUAUCAAAUAUGGAUUUUUCGAUUUUUGAACCAAGCAACGGACGUGGAGAGAAAGCAGAGGACAUACAGACGGAAAAUAGUACAAAUAGUGAGCCACAAAAGGGCGAGCUUUCAUACGGGCCUGCAUUGCCCACUAAUUUAGCUAGUAGUAGUAGUGGUGCUCUAAGUAAGUCGCUACCUAAGUACAAAAAUGACGACAGUGAUGAGUGGGUGGAAAAGUCUGGGGACGACAAAAAGAGCAAACACAAAAAGAAGCACAAGAAGGAACACAAGAAGAGCUCACAUAAAAAGAAACAUAAACAUAAAGAUAGAUGACGGUAGUUUUCCAAUUUUAAUUAUUAGGAAUUAUUUUUUAAUUUUGUGCUUACACGGAGUGUCUUCGUUUGAAUAAGCACCUAGUAUGUCUGUGUGAGGUAUUUAAUAGGAACUCUGUGAUAUUUGUUCAUACCUAAGUUGAAUAAAGAUGUGUUUGAAGUCAA